CACCACAUAGAAACGGCAUCUGUUUUCGUCCGACAUGGCAGUUUUACGUUCGGUUGCAUUCGCGCUGACCUCUGCGGCGUUCUUUUUUAUCAUGCUACACCAACGAGUGGCCCCAGACAAACCAGCCAGUGCCACAGCUAUCGGGAUCUCCCUGCACGUCAACUAUGGGGCUAUAUCUAUCCGUCAAAAUGAUGAAUCUUUCAGGGAUAUCGGUAUGAUUGAAGGGAAUUAUCAGUACCAGAAACUUAUGAGACGACUUUCACAGCGGAGCUCGGAACAUCCUAGUCCACCAUAUGAAGACGGCGAAGACCAAUGGAAAGACCAGCCGCGACAAUUUUUAAGGAAUGCACGCAAGGCUCUGGGGUUCCCAGCCUCUACUGAUGUCGCUAUACUAGCAGCCAUGGUACAAGAGCUCAUCAACCUUGCAGGGCCCUCUUCAUCCGUUAUCAUUAGUUAUCCUGCCAUCCCUGGACUCACUCAAGAAGAUAUAGCGGACGUCGAAACCUAUCUUGGUCUUCCAGUGUUCGAAGGGAACCAUGGCUAUCCACCACGUACACUGACCGCUGCGUACGCCGGAUACGAUAUGGGUCUUUGCGAAAGCUUCACAAACAAGAAAAAAUGCACUGAGGAGGAACUCGAGCUUCCCGUACGGCGGACCCUGCUCGUUGAGUACACCGGAACCGCCUUUUUGCUUCAUGUUCGGAGCAUGCGAGAUGCUUAUGAUCUUGGGAUGUCUGAGACGUACCGUUCCAGUAACUUGGAUUUCUCUGAUACCGUUCCGUCCAAAGCUGGUCGUCUUCCAUGGAUACGCAACCUUGUUAUAGAGUUUGUGCAGAAUACCUUUUAUCUAGACUUGGACAUGCCGAAAACAUGUACGGUGAUUUUGAUCGGGCCAGCUGAUCUGGUAAAAGAUCAUGUGUUUCAGCUCGUACUCAAAGAUGGACUCAAGACAUCGGGUCUCGAGGUUGAGUUGCUAGAUCUGAGGCCUGAGUAUGCUGCGUCCAGAGGAGCUGCUGAAUUGGCUUGGAGGUCGUUCGCGCUUGCUCAACAGACAGAAUUAUAA